AUGCUUAAUCAUAACAUGUUCUCUCACAGCGCCCCACCGCCGACUGAAGCCAUCUAUCAUCAACACGUGAUGCCUCCCUCUUCUGGCUAUCCUGCAGAAAUGUCCAUGCAGAUGCCCGUUCAACAACCGAUCGUAGCUUCGACUUACCCAGCCCCCGACAUGCCCUCACAAGCUGCUGACACCUCGGCAGAUAUUACCAACCACGAUGACGAUGCUGAAGGUGCCGGCAAAAGAAGAAGAGUACAGCGAGCUUGCGAUACCUGCCGAAAGAAAAAAGUUCGCUGUGAUGGUUUGCAGCCUGACAAGGGCGCUUGUACUAAUUGCGCCAACUAUGGCUACGAAUGCACUUUUGUAGAUGCCGCGCGCAAGCGUGCACCGCCUCGCAGCUACAUCGAGGCCAUCGAGGCUCGCAUCGUCAAGAUGGAACAGCUAAUUUCUACCUUGGCUCCAGGCGUUGACUUCACUGACCGCAUUGGCAAACCCAUCAGGAGACCCGAUGACAAAGGCGACGAAAAAAGCAUUGAUCUCAAUGGUUUGCAAGAACAUUCACCCACAAAGAGCAAUACUCCCAUCGCACCCCUCACGCUCGACCGUGCCAGCAGCUUCUGUGGCCAUAGUGUUUCAUUCUCCCAGAUGCUCUCGCCUUCUCACGUCAAGUCGCGCCUCGAUAUAGAGUCCGAUCUCACUCAAACGAGCGACGAUGAUUCUGAAGAUGACAUUGCCUUUAUCGAAAGCAGAUUUGGCCACAUCGAUAUCAAAGCGCAACCUGUCAUUGCCUCGAACUCCGAGACCUUUGACAGUAGCUCAUCCGAGCGCAUGAUCGUCGGUGACCAAAGCAAAUUCGAUUCUGCUUCACAAACUCCACCAACGCACAAGUUUAUCGGCAAGGCCAGCGCCAUGCAUUCGCUGCCGCUCCUCGAAAAGAUCAGCAGCAAGUCGUUUAACGAACUCGGUAUUCAUCCCAAAGGGGCACGUCCAGAAUAUUGGGCCAUUCCUUCCGGUUUCAACGAUCCUCCCACUAGUCCCGGCGCUGUCCUCUCUGCCUGGCCUGCACCAGAUCUGGUCGAAAUACUCGUUGAUGCCUACUUUAGCCGCAUGAAUCGCGAGUACCCUGUAAUCAACGAAUCGCACUUUCGCCACGAGUUGGCAAACCGUCCCGAGCUGCGCCAUGACCUCGAAUGGCUCCCGCUCGCCUUUUGCAUCUUCAUGGUCGGCAGUCAGUACGUGGAUGACGUCAGGGUCAAAGCCUACCCGCACGACAAGCACUCGCGUGGUAUGCACUGGUGGCAAGCGGCCAGGGGUCUCAUGUUCCACAAUGCUAGGGUUGACAAGCCGCUUCUGCGCAUCCAAUGCUUCUUGCUCUCGACCGUUUACCAAUUGGGCUUUCCGAUUUCCGCUUCUGGCUCCUGGCUCCUCCUCGGCGGUGCCAUGCGUUUAUUGCUCGAUGUGGGUGCGCAUCGAAAGCACACAGCCAAGAAACUGAACCUGUCCAGGCUCGAAGAGGAGACCUACAAGCGUGUCUUUUGGGUUGCUUAUAGUCUUGACCGCGAAUGCGCCUCGUCGCUUGGAAGACCUAUCAUGCUACAAGAUGAGGACAUAGAUCUAGAGUUACCUAUCGAGAUCGACGACGAGUAUCUCUUCAACACACCGGACACGGAGCCUCUGCCCAAACAGCCUGAAGGCAAGCCCGCACUCAUCAGCGGCUUCCUCUGCUCGCUGCGUCUCGACGAGAUUGUCGGACGCACACUCAAAACAGUCUAUGCGCUCCACAAGACCAAGAUCCGAUUCGGCAUCAACUCCAAGGAAUGGGACGAGCGGCUGGUCUCUGAGAUUGACUCAGCGCUCAACAAUUGGCUCGAUACUGUGCCACAGCAUCUACGCUGCGACCCGCAUGAACGCAACGACGAAUGGCUUUUACAAUCGUCUUUGCUAUAUUCCAAGUACUACAACUGUCAAAUCUUGGUGCAUCGACCCUUCAUCGCGGCCAGAAAGGGAGCCAACGACAGCUCGAGCCUCAACUUUCCCUCGCUUGCCAUUUGCACCAAUGCGGCGCGCAGCAUCAGCCAUUUAUUUUACAACCUCCGAGAUCGCGGUCUGCACAACAAGAUUGGCAUCACCGUCGUUUUCCGAUCAACAUCUGCGAGCAGCAUCUUGGUGAUGGUCAUCUGGGGAGCCAAGCGCAACGGAGGGCGUGUCUCGAGCUCUGCUUUGACCGAUCUGCGCCAGUCGAUCGAAGUUCUGCGGGCUAUCGAAGAUCGUUGGCAGUUCUGCGGUAAGGCUGUUGACAUUCUAGAGUCGAUCAUAGCUUCGACGCAUGUCGCUGUGCCCAAGACGGGCACUCAGCCUGAGCAGGGUGUCAAACGAUCGUCUGAUGGCGUCGAGGUGUCUGACAUUAAGACGGAAGACGACUCUGUAUCGGUGCUUUCCGCGCAGGGAGGGCCUAUCGCCGAUCGAGCGAGCGGAUUAAAGCGGAAGGGUGCGCGCAUGCCCCGAAGCAAAGUCGAAGCUGCUCAUGCCGGGAGCCAAAGCGAUCAACCGGUGGGCCUCGAGGCUAGGCAGCUGCCGCUAUCAACACUGCAGCUUGCUUCCAUGACGCCACAGUCAGGCUCGGACCACUCACCGGUUUCGGGCAACAUCGACACGCAUCACUUUCAGCCCCAGGCCGACGAUAUCAACCGCAGCAAUCAGUCAUUCUUCGGCAUCGAUGGUUCUGGACCCAAGACGCCGCAACCCGUGCCACGUGCGCGCAUGCCGUCCUUGAGCGGUGCCUCGGGCCUUCCCCCGUCUCUAUCGUUCGGACUCAUGACACCAUCCACCACUGCUCAGUGGGGUGUUGGCGGCGCCGACGCCGACUACCUAAACGGCCCACAUUCCCAGGCGUCGACCUAUCAGCCUUUGCCGGCUGUCACCCCGUCCAUUUUUGAUAAUCUCAGCUUGCCAGGUAGCGCAGAGGAAAUCAUGUCUACCAGCAUGGCCGACAUGCCGCCGUUUGCCUUUUCCAACGAAGUUCCGGGCGCCAACGUGGGCAUGAAUGGCGAGGACAUAUUUGGUGGACCGCUGGACCGCUAUUACACGAAUCAAGGUGCAAGCGGCGGAGGCGGCGAGGAUCCUCUGCAGUCGGACGGCAGCAGCGGUUUUGUCAAUUACGCGUUCGACUUACUCCAGAAGCAGAGCGUGUGGAAUCUGGACGACGACUCGCUCACCCUGUUGCAACAACGAGCUCAAAAACAGUGA